CGUUUAUUCAGCUGACGAAUAUUGAUGUCAAAGGAUCUAAUUUCCAUUUUGAAGACACUAAUCCGCUAACUAAUCAAAUUUCGUAUACAAAAGAAGUUACCCAAAGGUUAGACAAUCUCAGCUUUCUAUUGCCCUUUUCAUCUGGGAUAAAUGUUCAUAUCAAUGUGAAAAAUAUCAGAUUAUUACCAGAAUAUGAAGAUGUAGAACACUUGGCCAGUGAUAACGGCAUUGUUAUGGAUUCUUCAAGGAAAUCGAAUAUGCAACAUUGGCGUAAACCACUGGAGACAAUUAUUAAGACAGCAUGUCGAUAUCCGUUACCCAAGCAAUACUAUCUAGCAAUGCAUCCCUAUUUGGAUCGACACACGACAGCUAGAAGACAUGUCUGUCAAAGAAAUUCACAAACACCUAAUAUAUGUCCUGCAAAUUAUCCAAGCGGUUAUGUAUUUUACGACAGAUCAAUAAACGGACAGUGUACACAAAAUAAAGCUUCCUAUCUACCUCCACAGUUGAACAGUUUCUAUUGUACAAUUAAUUCACCCUUGGUCAAUCAAUUAUUUCAAGAAGAAAUUAUUGAAAGUCAAUCAUAUCUAAAAGAUAUUCAUUGUGAUACACAACGUCGUAUCUGUCAGACAUGUCUGAAACAAUCUUGUUGGAAUGUUGAAAAAAACAAUCAUAAUAAUAAUAAUAACAAUAAUGUUCAAUCUGAAAUGAGUGUAAGACAAAACCUUCCCCAGAAUGAUGUAAUCGGUAGUCAUGGUGAUAUCGGGAUAAAUAACAACAAUGAUAUUAAUAAUAAUAAUAUUAAUAACAUUAAUCACAGAGUAACUAGUGAAAAUUUACUCCAAGUGAAUGAUAUUGUACAGAAUUUAUGGGCGGUUAACGAACCUCAUUGUUGCCGUAUCGACUGUUAUUCUAGUCCAAGUUGUCUCGAUUAUUUUGGUGCUAAAUGUGAAAUAUAUACGAGUAGACAUUCGAAUGCUACUGAAAUAUGCCUACAAGGUAAAACACUAAAAUUCACUUUAAACCCUGAAUUUGAUCUGAACAAUGGAACAUAUACAUGCCAUAUCAAACACAGUCCCCCUAAAAUUCUAUACACAAUAGAAACAUGGCUAACUCUGGAUAGUUCAGACUCACCGAAUACUAUUUGGUAUAGUUCACCGUUAAAAUAUGAUAUCAACUUAGAGAAUGAAAAGAAAUAUCGAAGUCGUAAACUUGACAAACUGAAAGAUCGCUUUCAGAACCGACAGGGAUCCUUUCAGAAACGAGGCGCACUAUUAUUAUGGAAUGAGAAUAUUCAUCUAGAGCAUAGAACAGAUUUACCAAUAUGGAAGGAUGCAAUUGUACAUAAAUCUUCUGACAAAGAAUUGUCGUUAUAUAAAUUGAAAAGUUUAAAAGAAUUUGAUAAAGAAUUACCAAUACUUCAGAGGCAUAAAGAAGAGAAAUAUAUUAUUGUACAGUUUUCAAAACCAUUUCAUUACAGUACGGCCAAUUGGGGCAAUCAAACUUGUCAAAUAAACAUAAGUCAUAUACAUCGCGCACAACCAAUCUACGCAGAAGACACUAAAGUUCCGGUGACAAUUGCCUCAGGUGUACAGAAAACCACUUCAAAUACAUUCCUAUAUACAUUUCAAGACAGACAAAAGAAGUCAACUAUUAAAGUUAAGACAAGUAAAAAUCAUUCCUUAUUAUACACUGCUAUUUGUCUAAAUGGCUUAACAUUUAAAUCAUCAAAACACAAUGAAUACACCAAGCAAAUGACCAUAAACACUCACAGCAAACAUUCCAGUGAACCAACUGGUCGAUUAAAUUCCAACUUGAGAAUAUAUACAAAAAGACUGAAGACGAACUGUGAACUGAAUACAACAUGGAGAGUUAUAAUCUCAGGUUCAGUGACACGUAAACCAACUUAUAUUCAUUUAAAAAUAUCCACUGGUUUCUUAGGUGACACCUCCUCACCCACUCGUCAUCACUUGUCAUCGACAAAUAAUGAAGACACUGUCUCAAGAAUCAAUAAAGAAGAAAAAAAUAAUUUAUUUGAGAAGGAUUUAAUUCUUCUACCGAAUAUAUUAUUAUCUAAUUCAACAACAAAUUCUGAAGACAAUGAACAAUCUUUCGAGAUUCACUUUGAUAUUGAACGCAUUCAUUUUUCAAGUUUCAAUUCAAUCCUAUCGGAUUCCUCAUCAGUAUUGAUAUUUAUCCAGAUAAAAGAUUGUUUUACUGAAUAUCUACUCACCAAGGGAUUUGAAGUUUUUGAAAAUGAUGGAUUAUUGUUUAAAUCGACAAUGUUGCGCGCUGGCCAGAAUAAUAACAGUAUGCUAAAGUCUUAUUAUUAUCAUCAAUCGAAUCGUGUGGAGUCAUUGAACACAGAUAAAAUGCAUUUACCAUUUAUCAUCACAUGUUUAAUUAUUGGUCUCACAUACAUUAUCCUGUUGACUAUCUAUGCUGUAGUGAAGAUAUGUCAUGGUUCCAGUGGAGUAGUUCGUAACGCCUCAACGAAUUACACUACAGUUGUUAGUAAAGUACAACGUGGAGGAUAUUCAUCCUUUUCAGUGUAUCCAACAAAUCUGUUGAAUGCCAAUAUCCAGUCAAGUUUAACAUGUUCACAGAAAUUUUUUAUUAUGACCUAUUUAUGCUUUCGUGUAUUCUAUACGUUUUUAUUCACUAUCAGCGUUGGAUUAUCAUUUGUUUUAAGCAUUGAAACAGAUGCGACAGUGGAGUUCACUUCUGCUGUCUAUAACAAUCAUUUUGUAACUAUGAAUACACUGGGUAGGCAUAGUGGGAGUUUGGAUGGCCGAGUGAAUUUACCGUCAACAAUGAAUACAAUGCCAUUGGCAACGGAUAUAGGCCAGAGAUGGCGUGGAGCUAAGGUAUGGGUAUUGGAAGCGGCUAGAAUGGAAGAUUUUGCACAAUCGGAACUAUUGAGACAAAUUCAGAAGGGGACUGGACAAAUUUCAGACUGUGGUAAACACUACGAAGAGCAUAGUAAACAAUUAUCCAAGGUUAUGUUAUACAUCGGUAAACAAUUAAUCAAUUGGUUGAGUCAAACAAAUACGCCUAACAGUUUUACUGUAAAAAAUAGUAACAAUCAUAUGAAUGCAAAUCCUAGUAAUUAUAAUUACAAUUUUAAUAAUGCAAUCUAUGAAGAUCCAAUUACAAUGAGUAUUAGUGAAAAAGAUAAGAAUGGUUAUAAUAAUAAUAAUAAUCAUUCAAAUGGUGCGCCUUGGACAUUGAAUAGUAUGAAUGUUCAAAUAUCAACUAUUGAACAAGAAACAUGGAAUAACUUGGAACGUAACAGUUGGCUACCGUAUUUAGAUACAGUGGAUGAUUAUUUAAGGAAGACUAGAGAUGAUUUGGAUACAAAAGUGAUCGAUUAUUGGGCACCAUAUGACCAACUGUUGGCAAAUCUUCUCAUCAAUCCAUGGAUUGCACCAGCUCGUCGAGCACUGAAUACCUCAUGGCUGCAAGAGAAACGGGUUUCAUUUAUGGAUCGAACAUAUUUUGGUUUACUAUCAAAUGAUAUGGAUUCUGAUGAUGAAAAUCAACACUCAAAUGAUGUCUCAAUGUUGAAUGGUGCUAGAGAAACUCAGUCAUUAAUGCUGUCAAAUUUUAUUGGUGUACCACAGCCUGCACAUGCUCGUCUAGCUGGAACAAGAAUAUGGAAUAGUUUUCGCAAUCUGGUUCCAGGUUUACCAAGUAAAUUCUAUUAUAAACUAGAGCCAAGUUCAACGUUCACAUCCUCCUCCCUCUCCUCUUCAUCUACUUCUUCAUCAUCUCUGUCAUUAUCGCCAACCAUGAAAGCAUCAGCUCUCAAUAAAGAUAAUGACUUUCAAAAGAAACCCAAGUUGUAUCAUGAUUAUCGCCAAAUGUUAUCCAAUGAAGACUGGUAUCAUAUUCCAAGUGGACAAUUGAGUUUAAAUGAUAAGCAGAGUAUUGUCGACUUCACCGACUUCAGUACACACUUCUCUGUAUUCGCAACAGCUGUGACAAAGAAAAGCGGUAAUCUCAUGUCGAGUGAUACAAACGCCUAUUUUCUAACACUUACACAAGUUCGUCUUCUGCUACUUUUAUUAGACGCUAUCAUUAUAUUAGCCAGAUGCUUUCAAACAUUUAAUUUUAUGCAUAAUAUAUGGUUUGGUGAUACUCGAUUAGUCAGUGGAAAUCAUUCACUACAUGAGAAUUCACAAGUCAUGAUUGAAUCAUUCGAUUCUUCAACUAUUCAGCAGCAGCAGCAGCAACAACAACAACACCGACAGUCUCAAUCCCUAUCUCUACAGCAGUCACAAAUACAACAACAACACUCGACAUCUCCAAGUCAUCCAUCCAACUAUCAUUAUCAACUUCAACAGAAUAUAAGAUCACCUAAACGGAUUCCACUGCCAGUAGGAUCUACACCAUUUCUUCAUCCUACAUCGUGUUCAUCAAGUAUACGUGAAUCUAAUCAUCAUUCGGUGUCAAAUCAAUUUCCAACAUCUCCUACCAGAAAUUACAAUGAAACCAUGGUUGUUAACCAGUCAAUUCGUAUAAAUGAUUGUGAAAGAAAAUCACCUACAGGUACAGGCAUGAAUAUUAGUCAAAGUAGUAAUCCGCCAACUUCUUUACACUUUGACAAUGGAACUGGUCGUUUUACAGCAUGUUAUUGUUGCUUGGACACACAUUAUCUACUUGUUAUAACCGGUAUCGGUUUAUUAUUCAUUGGACUUGUCCUUCUCUGGGCUACUGAUCGACAUGUUCGACCAGGAUGGUUAUUGGCAAAAACCGGUGUAUUUGCUCGAUCACGUGCACUAGAAGAUUGUAGACAGAGAACGAAUGCUAUUUUAAAAACAAUUCAACCAAAUCAUAUCAAUAUGGAUUUGAUAAGAUCGGCUAGAAUAAAUGCAGCACGUGAAGCUCAUUGGAUGAAUCAGUUGACUAACAGACUGACACAUGUUCAAACUCAUAUACAAUUACAAUUCAUUACAGAAUUAUGCUUAUUACAAAAAGGUCUGGCGAAUCAUUACUAUGUUUUAAAUCAACAUCAACCUCAUCAGCAACAACAUCAACAAGCUGGACAAAUUCACCUACUAGAGACAAGUGAUACAAAGUCAAGUUUUUCAGCUUGUGAAUUAAUCGGUCCAAAUUCACAGUUCACUGAACAAGCCCUGUCCAUACUGUCCACCUGGCGACUGGAUCCCAUGACAAAUAAACAAAUUAAGCAUACACUGAAAACACCAACCUGCCAUUUUUCACCAAUCGUUCCGGCUACUUAUGCUGAAAGUCAUCUGUCACGAUUAUUAAGAAUGACCAGUUUGAAUGACCAGGACUACCACCACCCGAAAAAAAAUUUGAAAAAACAGAAAAGUAAGAUGUCAGUUUUUUCCGCGAACAAUCAAACUGAUGAAUUUACUCAAACUGAUGGAAAUCAAUUAGAUUUUGAUUAUGAACAAAUAACCACAUCAAUUGGAAGUCUGUCAACAUUAAUUAAUGCUGUUUAUCGUUUAAUGUUGACCAGUUUGACAGUCAUGAUAGCAAUGGGUGGAUUGUUGGUUUGUCUUCAUAUGAUAUCAAUUCUAGCGCGUAUGAUUAUACGCAUCCCAGUGCGUAAGAUUUAUUAUGCAUCCAGCUAUCCGCCGUAUACAUCAUCUGUUCACAAUCAAAGUUACUCACCUACUCCAUUUCGACGAAGAAACAGUCUGUCAAGGUGAAUAAGAAGUGAGAAUAAUCGCUACUGUGUAACAGAAUGCUGCUUGUCUGCCCACCUCCCUGCCUGUCUGCUGUGCCCUUCUGCUUGGUUCUCUACAAGUCAGAA